AUGAUCGUGACAGAUCAAGACAUGGGAAUGAGAUCAGCCAUUGAAGAGGUUCUGGUUGACAUGCGACACCGAUGGUGUAUGUGGCAUAUAAUGCAUAAGUUGGCUACCAAGGUUCUAAAUAGGUUGCUGAGGGAUGAAGAUUUCAAGAAGGAAUUCAAUGCAUGCGUUUGGUCGGAUCUUCUUGAGCCCGACGAAUUUGAAGAGGAGUGGAAAAGAGUUGUGGAAAGUCAUGGGUUGGAAGACUUUGACUGGUUCAACACAUUGUACGAAUAUAGGCAUUUCUGGAUACCGGCGUAUUUUAAAGAUUUUCCUCUGGGUUCGAUGAUUAGGACUACGUCCAUUUUAGAAUCGGAGAACAGUUUCUACAAAAGAUUUUUGAAGCCCCGUGCGAACAUAGCCAAGUUCUACUUGAAUUUCAACCAUGCUGUUGAAUUCCAGCGAAACAGUAGGACAGCUUUAGACUACCACGAUGCCACUGUUUUGCCCAUUUUGGCCACUACGCUACCGUUCGAGAAACAUGCUUCGACGCUAUACACCGAUACGAUGUUCAAGAGAAUACAGAAAGAAAUCGUUGAGGGUAAUGAUAGAUGUCGCGUGCUAGGUUUUUCUUCGACUAAAUUUGUUGACACAUAUAAGCUUGGGGAUAGCAAUCGCAAAUCGAACAAUGAAUUAAAGAAAAUACCAGAUAAAUACUGCCAAAGCAGGUGGAUGAAGACUCCGUUAGCCAAGGCGGUCCAUGGGGAGUUUCAUGAUGACUUCCCUACUAGGUCUGUUGUUGACGAUAGGCAAACACUGUCAAAGCAAGGCAUUUCUAUGUUCUACGGUUUUCUCCGGCGAUUUGAGGGGGACAUUGAAUUGCUAAGGGCAUUUGUAGGCGGUGUGGAAGAACUUGGUAAUUCUGGGAAUCCUACAACGUCCGCAGCUGAAAAAAGGUGA